UGCAUACAAUACAAAGAAAAAGACCUUAGUUUCCCACAAUCUCUUUUCCCUCCUCCAUUAAUGGAGGGAAGUUUAUAAAAUUUCUAUAUUAUCUUUCUCUAUUUUGAAGGAAACCCAGUUCUUCUUUUUCUCAAUUUUUGGUUUGCCAUUUCCGAGAAUGGAAGAAAAGGAGAGCACCAUAUCUGGGUCACUAGGCAACUCGGAGACUGACUCACCACCUGCACCAGUGAGUAGCCUUCAAGUGUUGCCUCAGGUGAUGAACAUCAACAACAUGAGCUCGGAAACAGCGACGACAAUGACUUCAACAGUGAUUCCAGGACCAGGUGGAAGAACACUGAGUGAUUCUUUAGGGAAGAAAAAGAGAGGGAGGCCGAGAAAAUAUGAUGCAGAUGGGAACCUUAGGGUACCAUAUCAGAUAGUGACGACGACGACGAAUUCACCUCCUGGUUUCACUUUAUCUCCUUCAUCUCCUACUGAGUUCUCAUCACACAAGAGAGGUAAAGGAAGGUCCCCAAGGAACUGGCAGCUUCUUGCUUCUCUAGGUGAGUUGUUUGCUUACACGGCCGGCGGAGACUUCACGGCACAUGUGGUCAAAGUUAAUACCGGGGAGGAUGUAGCAGGAAAAGUUGUGUCAUUAUCACAAAAGGGUCCUCGUGGGAUUUGUAUUCUAUCAGCAAAUGGAGCUGUUUCUAAUGUUACCCUUCGACAACCUGGUUCCUCUGGUGGGAUUUUAACAUUCGAGGGGCGUUUUGAGAUCUUGUCUCUAACCGGUUCAUUUACAUUCAGUGAGAAUGGGGGUGUAAAAAGCAGAACCGGUGGUUUGAGUGUUUCAUUGGCUGGAUCGGAUGGUCGUGUAAUAGGUGGUGGGCUUGCCGGUGUACUGUUGGCCGCUAGCCCUAUACAGAUUGUGGUGGGAAGCUUCAUGCUAAAUGGCUACAAAGUGCAUAAAAGGAAGCCUUACCGUGAGCAGCACACAGUUGCAGCUUCUGCAGUCGCCACCGCUCCUUCGGCCAUGGCGAUGACAGAAGAAGGAAGGCCAAUCAUCUCACAAGCAAAACUAGAUUGUGAAAACAACGUGAAACCAACAUCUCCUUUCCAAGUGGGGAGCCUUGGGGAAGCAAGUAAUAACAUAACUGAUCAUAAAAACAUAGCAAAUAUUGCAGCAGCCUCCAUUGUUUCUGGUUGGAACAAUGGCUCGGAACCGGCCUCUAUCCAUCGGCCAUCCCCGGAUAUUAACGUGUCUGUGCCUAGUGAAUAGGGUAUCAUCCAAGGUAACCCCUUGAAAAAAUUUUCAUUUGAGGUUAACUUUUUAGUAUCUUUCAGAAUACUGACAUGAUAAAUUUAAACUAAUUUUAUUUAGAUUAUCAUUUGUAUUGAAACAGAUGUAGCAAUUAGAUGCAAAAUUUUAUGAGGUCCGAUAGGAACUUCACUAAAUUUAGACAGAUUUAUGAACUCUUAUUUUGUGUCGUUAAUAUGUUUUUCUUCUUGUUUA